AUGCUCAAGGGUCUAAUCAAGCGGGUUCAAGCUUCCAAAGCAAUAAUAGGCCUCCACAACAACAAGGUCACUAUCAAGGAAACCCAAACCAUGGGAACAAUUACGGUGGUAGACCACAACAUCCUCCCGGUUUUCAACAACCACGAAAUACGGAUGAGGGAAAUGUGCUUGCCAAGAGCAAGCUCAAGCCACGAAUUACCAAGGGAGCGUGAGGAAGUGGCUAUCGAGGUUGAAGAGCCUUAUUUCCUUGAGAUUUUCAAGAAGUUGCAAAUUAAUCUUAGCUUGGCGGAUGCACUACGUGAGAUGCCACAAUAUGCCAAGUUCUUGAAGGAUAUCAUCACCAACAAAAGAAGUUGGGAUAGUGGCACAACGGUUCCCAUUCCGGAAGUGUGUAGCUCCAUUAUUUUGAAUGAUUUGCCGGCUAAGUUGAAGAACCCAGGGAGUUUUUCUAUACCUUGCACUAUAGGAAAUAUGAGUUCUAUAAAUUGCUUAUGUGAUCUUGGUGCUAGCAUUAAUCUUAUGCCUUUAACUCUUUUCAGGACACUUUGUGGAGACCAAACUGUGAAAAGCACCUCGAUGGUACUCCAACAAGCGGAUCAUUCGUUGAAAAGGCCGUUUGGGAUUGUUGAGGAUGUGCUUGUCAAGGUAGAUAAAUUCAUCUUUCCGGUUGAUUUUGUUAUCUUGGACUAUGCGGUGGAUAAGGAGUGCCCAAUGAUCUUGGGGCGACCCUUCAUGAACACCGGAAGGGCUUUAAUUGAUGUGCAUGGUGGGAAAUUGACCUUGUGA